AUGGCUGCUCGUUCACAAGGAAUUCAGACACUGCUCGAGGCAGAGAAGGACGCGGCAAAGGUUGUCCAGGAAGCUAGACAAUAUCGCACUCAGAAGCUCAAAGACGCCCGCAGUGAAGCGGCCAAGGAGCUCGAAGCGUACAAGCAGAAGAAGGAUGCCGAGGUCAAAGCUUUUGAACAAAAGGCAAGACAUUCUGCUCACGCUGGCGUCACUCAAGCAAACCAAAAGGCGAUAGACGAGGAGACGGAUCAGAAACUCAAGGCAUUGGAAGCAUCGUACAAUGAAAACAAGGACAAGGUCGUAAAGAAGCUCCUGGAUCGCGUCCUCCUCGUCAAGCCCGAGUUGCAUCCCAAUCUGAAGAAAGUCUGA